GGAGACAGCGCGAGCGUCACGGUGUGUUUGGGGUGCAUACAUAGAAAUGAGAAACGAGACGCGGGUACAAAAUGUAUCAUGCAUUUCUCUCCGUUUAAAAUGAGCGUUUGCAUUCGGAAAAAUAGCGAAGCAGUUUAAAGCAGUUUUCUCAGUGCUUUUUUGAUUACUAAGAUUAGACAUCUGUUUACGCGGGGUUUUCUGAUUGAUUCAUUACGCUAAAACGGGCAGCAUUGAAAUUUUUUAAACGUUUAACGUUAGUUUUUUUAAACCGAAGCCGUGCCAGUCUAGUUUUAUACCAAUACGCAUUUAAUAUCUGUAAAUAAGUCUUUUAUGUGGAAAUGUUGUGUUGUCGGAGCUUCAAACAUCUGGCGAGAGAAGGAUGUGAAUCUGAAUCUCAGCGAAUAAUGAUGUGAAUGAUGCGGCAUCCUUUAUUUCAAACAAGACACAGAGGAGAAUCAAGGCUCUGCCUCCAUGCUGAGAUGUGUGCUAGCGACCUGUCCAAUAGGCUGAGCUUGCUCUCUUUACCAUGUAACUGCAAAAAGAAGAAUGCUUUAUUCCUCCACUAGUCUGCCUGUGGCUUCAGGGCCGCCCAUCCCACCCUGCCCCCCACCGAGGGCGCUGACCCAGCCAGCGGGUACAAGAGCCAUGGAGAACUCCUCCGCUAAAGCCAACAGCUCGCUGGAGCCCCGGACUCUAUCGGGAUACGUAACGCCUUCGGCAGUCGGGCCGGACCCGGUUCAGGGCUUGAACCUGCCCCUUCAAGUGUUCUUCGGGUUGGUCAUCAUCUGCGUGCUGCUGCUGGCCUUCCUCGGAAACAUGGUGGUGUGCGCCAUGGUUUACCAGAGAGCAGCCAUGCGCUCCGCCAUUAACAUCUUGCUGGCCAGUCUCGCCUUCGCCGACAUGAUGCUAGCAGUCCUUAACAUGCCUUUUGCCCUGGUCACAAUGGUGACCACGAACUGGAUCUUCGGAGAGGUGUUUUGCCGCGUGUCAGCCAUGUUCUUCUGGAUGUUCGUGAUGGAGGGAGUCGCGAUCUUGCUGAUCAUCAGCGUGGACCGUUUCCUAAUCAUCGUGCAAAAGCAGGACAAGCUGAGUCCGCGCAGGGCCAAAGUGUUAAUCGCAGUCUCGUGGUCUCUGUCUUUCUGCUUCUCUUUCCCCCUUUCCGUCGGCCAUCCGGCCCUGGACAUUCCCCCCAGAGCGCCUCAGUGUGUUUUCGGGUACACGGCGGACCGGGGCUACCACGCCUACAUGAUGCUGAUAAUGCUGGUGUUCUUCUUCGUACCGUUCCUGGUGAUGCUCUACACGUUCAUGGGCAUCUUGAGCACACUCCGCCACAACGCGCUCCGCAUCCACUCCCACACGGACUCGGUGUGCCUCAGCCAGGCCAGCAAACUGGGUCUGAUGAGCCUCCAAAAACCCUUUCAGAUGAACGUUGACAUGAGCUUCAAAACACGUGCCUUCACCACCAUCCUCAUUCUGUUCUCGGUGUUCACCGCAUGCUGGGCUCCGUUCGCCACCUACAGCCUGCUGUCCACCUUCAGUCGGCCCUUCUACUACAGGCAGAACUUCUUUGAGAUCAGCACGUGGCUGCUGUGGAUUUGCUACCUCAAAUCAGCUCUGAAUCCUCUGAUCUACUACUGGCGUAUCAAAAAGUUUCGCGACGCCUGCCUUGACCUGAUGCCCAAGUACUUCAAGUUCCUGCCGCAGCUGCCCGGCCACACGAGGAGACGGAUCCGCCCCAGCGCCGUUUAUGUGUGCGGCGACCAUCGCUCCGUGGUGUAGUGGAGGACCUCUAAAGCGUCUUUUGUAAUUCUUAUCAGGCUGUGAUAUGUUUGGUCUUUUUAGCUGUAAAAGAUUGUACAGAUGAGAAACUACUUUAAUUGCACAAUGUUUUUUAUAGGGUUUAGAAUUUAUUAGAAGUUUGUUCAGUACAUACCAGUCAGGUGCUGCUAUAUUUGGUGAAAAUGUGCAAUCUUCUGUUUAAUGCCAUUGAAUGUUAUAUUUUCUGUGCUGUAUUUGUUUUUUUUCCUGGCUUUGUGAUCCAGUUUACACUUUAACAUUUCUAUUUAAUUUUGUUAUUGAUUGUUCAGCUAUUCUUUUUUCUUCUUUUUUUUUUUUCUAGGGCUGCACCAAUUAUGAAAAUUUUGCCCUGACAAUACUUUAUAUAUGAAAGCCGAUAACCGAUAUAUUGGCCGAUAACUCUAAAUCCAAAUCCAAAUUUUUAUAUCGAUUUUGAAAGCCUGAUUACAAAAUACAAAAGUCUCACCAUUAAAAGCCAUGUCCCAAGCACUUUAACAUAAAUCAAACAUAUGCAGUACAGUUUAAAAGUUUUAACUUUUCUAAAGUAAAACUUUUGUAAUAAAAAAAAAAACUGCCUUAAAAAUAAAUAAACUGCCUAAAUAAUUCAAAAAAGUCGUUGUGCAACAUACUUGCAUAUGCCAUGGAUAAAAUAAGAUAAUUCAUUAUUUAUCAGCUUUAAGAUAUAUAUAUACACGAUAUCAUUAUAAAUAACAAUAAAAAGGAACAUAUUUUGUCCGAUACCGAUAUGGUGGCCGAUAUAUCGCGUGGAAAAAAGGCAAUUGACAAAGGUGAUUAUUCAGCAUGUUCCAAUCUGAUGAGACUUUGUGGAAAUACAGUACAUGAUUUUUAUUUUAUUUUAUUUUUUUCAAUUGUGAUUUCCAUUUCUGGAGGUGAAUAAAAUCAUGGAAAUGAA